AUGGCUCAACUUUUAAUUUAUCCUAAGCAUGUCUCCCAUCAUAAUAUAGAGAAAUUAAGGCAGUGUGUCCGUAAUGGGGCUAAUAAAUACCCAGGUGCAAGAUUUCUCAAAAAGCCUGAUGUUACCUCAAUGUCACUUGGGGGGUUUCUUUUCAAGGUUAGGUUGAAACAACAAGAUGGAGUGGAUAUUUAUAACUUCCUUCAUUUGCUGAGGAGCAUUUCCAAAGGCCAAGAAAUGAGUACUGCUUGUCUUGGUGCAGAAAUUGAUGACCUUGAACUGGACGAUGAAAAUAUGGAAUUGGGUUUGUCCCCAGAGCAUAUUUCUAGUUUUGGUAAGCAUGUAUUCGAAGAUAGUGCUGAAUUUGAUACUAACAUAGACAAUCAAAAAAUGGAAGGGAUCAAAACUAGUGAAUCAAGUUGGGAAAAAAUUAGAAGGAUCAAAACCCAGUUGGAGUGA